AAUUUUUUUCUAAAAAGCACACAUACAGCACAAGCAAAUAAACAACUUGGGUCAACUACAAACUUGAAUCAAUAAAUGUAACGAUUUUUUAAAAGUAUAUUUUUUGUUGGCGUUGCUGUGGCAACGCGUCAUCAAUCGCGUGAGCAGAGAGGCCUCAGGCCCUGUGUUCACUUUACCUCGCCUUAAAACGUUAAAACUUUACGAUACAUUUAACGUUGUUUUUUGUUUUUUAAAACGCGCACGCCGCACAACUAUUUAUUUAAGCUGCCGUGGAUGCGUAUCUGCGCGUCUGUGCAGUGGUUUAAUUGUAAUAAAAGUAAUAUAAACUUAACGGCCUCUAUGAUUGAAUAGGCCCGAGCUUUUUGUAACAUUACAAAACAGCGAAAUGUUUGCAACGGGUGGUAAUGUCACCGCGGCAGUUUAAACGAACACGCAUUCAAGUACUCGCUGGUUUGUGAAGUUCAAAUGUCACCGAAUGGUUUUGCGGCGUUUUCAUUCAAUUGGCAUUCGGGUGCUGUCGUCGGUUUUAAUCUGCAGCUAGUGGAAGAUUAGGCCAAAGUCGGCGUCGUUCAGGGGCUAAUGAGAGCGGCCUCUAGUGGAGGACGUCCGGCCUGCCUGCAAGAACAGCCGGAAAUAGCAGUGGAGGAGAGUGGUGGCGCAGUGGUUAGGGCGCUGCGGCGAUAACAACAGACCGGGGGGAUGCUGUUACUGCUGGGACCGACGGGUUCUGGAAAGACCCUGCUUCUCAAAAGACUACAAAAGAUCUUCGCCGGCGAGCGCGUGGACAAGUGGGAGGCUCCAUCGACCGUGCCCACGGUGGGCACCAACCUCGUGGACGUGGCCGUUGGCAAGCGUCGGUUGACCCUGAGGGAGCUCGGUGGCACCAUGGCGCCCAUAUGGGACAGCUACUACAAGCACAGCACGGCUGUCAUUAAUCACCGCCACGCGUUUGGAGUAUUUGGCUGCUGCUCUCCAUUUACACACGCUGUUGAUAACCCCAGUGAGCUAUCAUUUGUGAAAGAGCUACACAUCUCAGUGUUUGUGGUGGACGUGGCCAAUCCUAGGCAACUGGCGUCGGCCGGAGUUCAACUCUGGGAGGUCUUGGCGCACGAGGAAGUGCGGGGCAAGUCCCUGGACCUGGCCACAUCCGGGGCGGUGCGGGAAUUCCGCUCGCUCCUUCGGCUGGACGACCCGGAAGCAACCGCGGCGGUGACGACGUCGCCACCGGAGAACCACGCCGACGACGACGACGACGACGACGACGUCGUCGCGGAGGGGAAGAGGGAGGCGGGGAAGGUGACGGCAGGGGUGGCGGCGGCGACGAGGGUGAACGUGCUGGGCGGGAGCGCGCGAGACGGAGCCGGGGUCACGGAGCUCGCCGAGUGGAUACGGAGACUCGCGGCGAGGCGCUGACCGGCGGCGUGGGCGGGCCGCGGUCGAGCCUGCCUGGAGAUUCCGUAGGUUCGGUCAAGGGCGCGGUUGUGCGCGUGAGGGUGUGUGUACGCGUGGGCGAGAGAGGGUGUGUGUACGCGGUUGUACGAUGGACGGUGUGUGUACGCGUGGGCGAGAGAGGGUGUGUGUACGCGUGGGCGAGAGAGGGUGAGUGUACGCGUGGGCGAGAGAGGGUGAGUGUACGCGUGGGCGAGAGAGGGUGUGUGUACGCGGUUGUCCGUGAGAGGGUGUGUGUACGCGCGCGGGCGAGAGACGGUGUGUGUACGCGGUUGUACGAUGGAGGGUGUGUGUAUGCGUGGGCGAGAGACGGUGUGUGUACGCGGUUGUACGAUGGAGGGUGUGUGUACGCGUGGGCGAGAGACGGUGUGUGUACGCGUGGGCGAGAGAGGCUGUGUGUACGCGGUUGUCCGUGAGAGGGUGUGUGUACGCGCGCGGGCGAGAGACGGUGUGUGUACGCGGUUGUACGAUGGAGGGUGUGUGUACGCGUGGGCGAGAGACGGUGUGUGUACGCGGUUGUGCGAGAGACGGUGUGUGUACGCGCGUGGGCGAGAGAGGGUGUGUGUACGCGGUUGUACAAUGGAGGGUGUGUGUACGCGUGGGCGAGAGAGGGAGAGGGUGAAUGUGUACGCGGUUGUGCGAGAGAGGGUGUGUGUACACGGUUGUGCGAGAGACGGUGUGUGCACAAAAAGUCAUUGUAGUGCGUAUUUAAUGUGGUGCUGCACUCUAAUGUUGUAGGAGACUUUUUAA